AUGUUCAAGGGUCGCACAAUUGCUGCUAGGCGCUCCGUCGCUCAAUGGAGGAGUUUUGCAACGUCUCCUGUCAGCCAUACACGAAACCACAAGGUCGUAGUGGUUGGCGGUGGUGCUGCUGGUCUGUCUAUCAGCCAUCAGCUGUUGCAUUCUGGUAAAUUCGCGCAAGACGACAUUGCGGUUAUUGACCCAGCCUCAUGGCAUCACUACCAACCCGGCUGGACCCUAGUCGGGGGUGGCCUCAAGAACAAAGAGGAUCUGCGCAAGCCCAUGAACAGCUUGAUCGACCCCAAGUUCAAGUUCUACAACGAAGGUGUCGGUGCCUUUGCCCCAACAGAAAAUACAGUCACACUGGAGAGUGGUGACAAGAUCAACUACGAGCAUCUGGUUGUCGUGCCUGGUAUCAAUAUCAAUUACGGUAGCAUCCAAGGUCUUCCCGAGGCCCUUGCGGAUCGGCAUUCAAAUGUCUCAUCAAUUUAUGGUUAUGACACAUGUGAUAAGGCCUUUCGUACCAUUGAAAACUUCCGCGAAGGCAACGCCAUCUUCACCCAGCCAGCUGGCGUGAUCAAGUGCGCGGGUGCUCCGCAAAAGAUCAUGUGGCUUGCGUUAGAUCACUGGAAACGAGCUGGCCUCUACAACCCGACCAAGCCCUCUGACUCGCCCAUCAAAAUCAGCUUUGCAACUGGCCUCCCAGUGAUGUUUGGUGUGCCCAAGUACAGCGCUGUCCUGGAGCAGAUGCGGCAGGAUCGCGGUGUCGAGGGAAUGUUCCAGCACGAUCUCCUUGCCAUUGACGGCAAGGCUGCCAUUUUCGCCUCUCCAGACGGGGAGGUCACCAGACCAUUCGACUUGUUGCAUGUCUCUCCGAAGAUGGGCGCCCACGCAUUCGUCAAGAACAGCCCUCUGGCCAACGAGGCCGGAUACGUGGAUGUCGAUGACAACAGUACCCGCCACAAGAAGUUCGCCAAUGUUUGGUCAGCCGGCGAUGCGUCCAGUUUGCCCACAUCCAAGACUGCUGCAGCUGUCACUUCCGAGGCACCAGUCCUCGUUCGCAACCUACUGCAAAGCAUGGAAGGCAAGGAAUUGGAUGCUUCCUACGACGGAUACACGUCGUGCCCGCUCUUGACCGAAUAUGGCAAGGUUCUACUUGCCGAGUUCAAGUAUGGCGGAGAGCCCAAGGAGACAUUUGGAGAUUUGCUUGGUAUCGACCAGAGUAAGCCCCGUCGCUCGUUCUGGCAUCUAAAGAAAGAUUUCUUCCCUUGGGUGUACGGCAAAUAUAUGAUCAAGGGUCACUGGGGUGGGCCAAAGGGCUGGCUGUAG